UUCUAAAAUCUCCACACCGCCACUCUUUUGCACUUUAGGCGCACUCAUAAACAUAAAGCACGAAAUGCUGGAAACCGCCGACCUCUGCGGCUCUGAUCAUCUCAAUAGAACUGCCUAUCCCUCUGCACGUACGCAAAUAAUAUAGCAAAAAUGGGAAAAGGGGAUGAUGCAGUGACGAGAAAGAAGAACAAAGCAAAACGAAAGAAACUGAAUAGAGACAGCUCUAAUGUCUCAGCUCGUGUUGCUUCUAUUAUUGCCGCCAAGAAGCGCCGGCUCUCUGGUAAACGUCGAAUGUGCCAGGGAAUGUGUUUCAGUCUUCCUACUCCAGAUGAUCCUUUCAAUGAUCAGCAUGGCAAAAUGGAUUUUAAAGUAAAGGAUAAAAAAAAGAUUGUUCCACCUCAAGUAAAAGAGAGAACGUUAACUCGGGGAAAGAAGGCUUCUCUGAGUAAGGAAACCCCUAGCAGGAAUAAUAGAGAGAUGAACAAUCUAGAACAGAAAAAUGAGAAGUUUAUGAAUUUAAGGAGUGAAAUGAAAAAGUCCAAUAAUAAUUUGGUGAAGAAGAAUGCUAUCGCCAACAGAAAUAAAAUGAUUCAGCUGGAUGGGAAAGAUUAUAAUCAUGAACAACAGGCCUGUGAAAUCUCGGACUGUCCAUCAAAGUUUUUUAUUUUAUGCUUGAAUGCAAUAGAGAAAGCAUUACAUCAUGAGGGUACCUAUAACAAUGAGGACAAGCCUCUAUUUGUUAACCCUUGGGGAGUUGAAUUUUUGAAAUGUUUUUCAAUGGGACAAGACAUACUGGAGACAAGUGGAUCUUUGUGUACAAUUGAGCAAAUUGCAUGGAUCAUUUCUAUUGCUGCUGAUACUAUUGCAAGAAAAGAGAAAGAAGGACUAUCACUUGCUAGUCCAUUUCUUCUAUUCCUUGUACCAUCCCAAGAAAAAGCUGCCAAGGUACGUUUGGUGUGCAAACCUUUGAAAGAUCUUGGCAUACAUACAGUGAGUUUGCAUCCUGGUGCUUCGUUGGAUCACCAGAUUCGUGGCUUGAAGAGUUGUGAACCUGAGUUCCUUGUGUCCACACCUGAGAGACUUUUGGAGCUUGUUUCUUUGAAGGCCAUUGAUAUAUCCAGGGUCUCCUUUUUGGUUGUUGAUGGACUGGAUUCUCUUUAUCAAGAUGGUUCCCUUGGGAUCUUAAAUUCCAUUAGGCAAUGUAUUUCUGGAAAUCCUAAUACCGUGGUUUUCAACAAUUUCUUUAGCAGUGCUUGUGUUCCAGCUCUGCAAAAUAUUCUUACGGGAUCAAUUCAUAGAUUGUGUCUUAAUGAUUCCAUUUGCAGUCAGAGUGCAUGCAUUGUCCAAAACAUUAAUGUGUGCUCUUCUGAAGAAGAAAAACUUUCAAAGAGCAUCCAAGUUUUGCGUGGCGCUUAUGAUAAUCAACAAUGCUCCCAACAUUUAAGGGUGCUAUAUGUAGUUGGAAAAGAUUGCAAGUCUGCUGAUUUAGUUAAGGCCCUAGAAAUAAAUGGUUAUUCUGUCUCAACUGGAUCGAAUGAUGAUAUUUCAGAUGUCGAUAGCAGCCCGGAUUUGGAUUGCAGAAUGAAACCUACAGUCUCUGUGAUAAAUACACAGGACAUCGAUACGUCUGACUUAGGCGUCUAUGAGAUUGUAAUUUUACCAAAUUUUGUUCUCUCCAUUGACAAUUAUAUACAAAUUCUCACAAGAAUGGCUCGGUACACUAUCCAUGGAAUUUUGCAUAGCUUAUUGACUGAAGAAGAUGCAAUGCUUGCUGGACCACUGAUUGAAAUUCUUGAGCAAUGUGGGCAGCCCGUGCCUGAAGCACUUAGGACAUUGAAAUCUUGAGACAUCCAUGUCAGAAUCAUGAAAUUCAAGUUUCUUCCUAUUCGUUAUUCUAAUUUUUUAACUGCAGUUUCGGUCUCAUUGUUCCAAUAGCCUGAGAUUUCUACGCCAGAAACAGAUAAUUGAAACUUUCAGUUCAAAUCUUCUCAACACCAGAUGAUGUUGAGUUUUCUCUGCAAUGGGAGUCAUGCUUUUUUUCGACAGUUGGGAUAGUGAGCUACUGAACUAGAAUCUGUGAUUGUUGGUAAUGAAAAUUAUGGAUGUUGGGAUUGAAAAUACUUAGCAGUCAUUUUUCAUUUCUCUGGGUGGAUAUCAUAUCAGGAAGCAUGUUAGAAAGAUUGACUGUUCACUGUUGGGUGUGUAUUCCUAUCUUUCUACUUGCUUUAUCAUUUAUUUGUGUUUCUCAAGUUUUCAGAAUUUGCAUUGUACUUUGCCCCAAUUGCAAAAUGAUGGAAUGUAAUUUAAGGUUGAAUGACUUGGGGGAAGGUUGCAUAAUGGAAUAUAAUUGGACAUUGAUCUCUUAA